ACAAUACAAUACAAUAAAAGCAUAAUUAUUUGCACACAUACCAAAUACAGCGCAAUGUUCUUUAAUUAAAUUAUGAAAGUAGUGACGCGUCGUGGGUAAAAAUGUUGUAUAUGAUAGCAAAUGGGGUAGGUGCGAUUGGUUUUUGGUGUUACUCAUUUAGGUACGAUGGCUGUGCCGGCAAAAUAUACUCGUAUUUCAUCGAUAAUUGCAGCAGUAAACCAAGAUACGAAUUUCGUGCAAGCAGAAGUAUUUCACGCAGUUCUGCUUAACUUAUCAGAUUUCCGCAAAAUUGAAUAGCUGAAGUCUACGUAAUCGUUAGUGUAUGCAUAUCGAACUAUAUUGAAAAUAAUAUCAAUAUUGCUUAAAAAGCAGAUGUAAGUAAUGGCAUCACUGCGCCUGAUUAAUAGAUUAGUAUUGCGUGGAUUCAUAUCAUUAACACUACUGCUAGCCUUCUUCAACGAAUUUAUUAUAUACUACAUCAGUCAGACUGCUUGGCAACAAAUUGAUUGUGAAUAUGACAACUGUACGCGUAUAUUAUUUGUGGCUGAUCCACAGCUGAUUGGCAAUUCUUACGAAAAAGGCUUUUGGAGCCCGAUAUCCCGUUAUGAUGCAGAUAGAUAUUUGCGCAAGACUUUCGAGCGAUCGCUACACUUCACUCAGCCACAUAUCAUUUGUUUUUUGGGUGAUCUGUUGGACGAGGGUAGUAUUGCCACACAGCAAGACUUCGAUGCCUAUGUAAGACGUUUUCAUCGCAUUUUUAACACACACACAGAUGUAAAACGCAUUCAUGUGCCGGGGGAUAAUGACAUUGGCGGCGAAGAUGGUGAAUAUAUAUCAAAUUCGAACGUGCAUCGUUUCGAAGAAGCUUUUCAAAGUGAGGAUCUCUUCGAUUACGAAAAUAUGUUACGUUUCUUCAAAAUCAACCGAAUGAUGCUCGACUUUACGAAUCCAGAUCGUGAGCACAACAAACAACGGCUGCGCGUUGGAAUAUCCCAUGCUCCAAUUCUUAUUGGAGGUGGGCCACUUUUGCGUUCAGUGCUCAGCGAAUUAGACCCACAUGUCAUAUUUUCUGGACACUGGCAUGAAUCCAGGAUUUUCAUACAUCCAUCGACUCACGUAGUGAAUUUCUAUGAGUCGACGGUACGACACUUUGAUUUGCGUGGCCUAAAAGAAAGAGAGCAUCAGUACUUGGAGAUUAUGGUGCCAACAGCUUCGUAUCGCAUGGGCAAAACGAAGAUGGGACUAGGAUAUGCUGUGUUAGAAAAUUACCAACUUAGAUACACAGUUCUCUGGCAGCCCAGCCGUUUUAUUUACCUAUUUCUAUACUUGUUUUGGCUAAUUCUAUCAUUGUGUGGCUUUAUUGUGUUUCGAAUGAUGACACGAUGUCCUUUUCGUGUAGCCAAACGUCAAUCGGCAUACAAUCGUAUUUUAAGCGUAACUCAGUUUUAGAGAUUUUGAAGACUUUGAAAAAAAAUAUAUAUAUGUAUAUACAAAGACCAAUAAGCAACUGAUAUAUAUUAGAUAGCAAAAUAGUAAAAAAAAAACGCGCAAAUGCUUCGUAACCAUGUAAACCUCGUAAACUUACUUAAUUUUGUAUAGAAAAUAGGGUUAUUUUCGACGUUUUCGCGGUUACGAGGCAUUUACGCGUUUCUAUGAAUACCUAUAAUAUUUAUAUAUAUUUCGUAGUUUAAAGUACAGAACCGCGUAUCAUCAUUCUGCAAAACUGCGUAACUGACAUUUGCUGCCAAAAAUUGGAUUUGCUCACACAAGUUCUUGGGUCAAUCCUUAUC